CCACCCGUCCGAAGUGCGAGCGAGUGCGAGCUUAGCUGACUGGUCUGGCAAGGCGCCUUCUGCAGCUCUCGGCCUAAUAGCGGGACUAGGCCCGUCACCUCGGCGCCCCAGGAACCCCUACUCCAGCCAUGGCGGCGGGUUUCUUGGUGGCGGUGCUGGCGGCGGUGGCGGCCAUUCUGGCCACUCUGCCGUACGAGAAGGAGCUGGUCCACACGCCGCUGGUGCGCAACACCUCCCUCACCCCCGACGCCCGGCCGCUCUCCCCCGGGGCGGGCUCCGGCCUGCCGUACUCCCGCACCACGCUGCACUUCAACAGCAGCGGCACGGCAUGUGAGGCGUGGCUCUACACGCCCGCACAGGGCCAGGCGCCGCACCCUGUGGUCGUCAUGGCGCACGGGCUGGGCGCACAGAAGGACCUGGGCCUGCACCGCUACGCCGACCCCUUCGCACGGGCGGGCAUGGCUGUGCUGGUGUUUGACUACCGCACGUUCGGCGGCAGCGACGGCGAGCCGCGGCACUGGGUGUCGCCGCGGCGCCACGUGGAGGACUGGCGGGCGGCGCUGGCCUUUGUCAAGGGCGGUGGCCUGGGAUCCCAGUAUGACACAGACCGGGUGUCCCUUUGGGGCACCUCGUUUGCGGGCGGACACGUGCUGGUGACGGCGGCCGAUCUGCCGCCGGGCCACGUGCGCAGCAUCGUGUCCAUGGUCCCGCACCUGGACGGCAUGGAGAACGCCAAGGCCAACCUGCGCACACGCGGCCUGCCCGCCGUGCUGCGCCUGCUGGCGGCCGCCGCACACGACAAGCUGCGUGCCGCCGCCGCGACUGGGCUGGACCGCCUUGAGGCCGCCCUCGCCCCGCCCGCCACCGCAUCCACCGCCCCCGUCACCAAGGCCAAGGCGGCUGCCUCGGAUUCGCCGGCGGCGGCGGUUGAGCGGCUGCUGGCGGCGCUGCGGCCGGCGGCGGCGGAAGCGGUGUCGUGGCUGCGUGCGGCGGCGGCGCCGCUGCUGACGCCGGCGUACGUGAAGCUGCUGGGGGCGCCGGGCGAGCUGGCGCUGAUGCAGCUGCAGCCCGCGGAGAUCGCAGCCUACUUCUCAAAGCACCCCAAGGAGUAUCAGGGUGGCUGGCGGCCGCUGGUGCUGGCGCGCGUGGCGCUGGAGACGUCCUCCUACCGCCCCAUUACGUCACUGGAGCGACUGGCUGGUGUGCCGCUGCUGUUCGUGUCCGCGGCCCAGGACUCGCUGUGCCCCGCCGCCGCCGUGCGCGCGGCGGCGGCGGCGGCGCCUGGCGGCGGCGCCGAGUAUUUGGAGCUGCCGUGUGACCAUUUCAGCGCCUACGGGGGCGAGCACCUGAAGGCGGCGUCGGAGCGCAUGACGGCGUUCCUGAGGAGGCACUUCGGCAUGCAGGAGGGCCAAGGCAGCGAGCAGGGCAGGGGCAAGGGCAGCGGCGUGGAGGUGCAGCCGGAGCAGGCGGUGGGGCGGAGUGGGGAGGAGGAGGAACAGGCGGCGAGUGGCGGCGCGGAGGUUGACGCGGGGGACGCAGGAGGGCUUGCGGGUGGUGGUACCUCUCCUGCGGUGGACGCAGCAUAGGCGGCGUAGACCGGAGAGUUGCAGACAAACCAACAGUUGAGUAGCUUAUGAGGUAGCUGCAGGUGCUGGGGGCUAGACUUUGAUGUACUGCAACUGAUUGUGCGUGUCACCAGUCACCAGUCCUCUUCAGUUAACAAGGGCUGCAUUUAUGAGUGCUUAUGCCUCCCACUCCCAGUGUGCCGCACUUCGGGACGUCGGGGCUGGAAUUCGGAUAUGGUUAAGGACGUGGCCAGAUUACGCUAUUGUCAUUCACUUAGUAGUAACGGGUACCGUAUGUGAGGCGAGAUGGUGUUGAGGCUUGAUGGAUGGGGCAGCUUUGGAGUUCUAAGCUGCCUGGGGUAGCUGGGGGUGCUGGGGGUAGCUGGGGUUCUGCCUUUUGAAAGCACACGUGAACCGGUGUGCGGCAGGAGCGGUGCCUUGCACACGAGGACGAGGUUCCACACCCGAUAACAUGAGUUUCUAAGGAGACUGAAAGGGCGUUGGAGUUGUCCAACAGAUCUGAGGCGGGAGACGGCUUAUGCAAUUUUGCCAGGAACGCUAUUAAGUUAGGGCCCAGCGCUGUCUCGAACAGGGAUUGCAUUGGCAAUGACAACUGGCCGUGUUGGUGGCACUGGCCGUGUUGGUGGGCUGACGGCGCCACCGCCGUGCCUCUCAUCCCGUCUGGAACUUGGGGCGUUCCGCCCACACUCUCCUCACACCUCCUCCUGAACUGCACACACGGCCUUGUGAGCGCCACUAUGUCCACACAUCACGUAUCAAGCGCCUCGACCAAACACGUCAUGGGGCACGCAGGCGCCAAGAGCCUCCUACCACACAUAUCCUGCCCGGCUGCCCCACCGGUGACAACAGCCUGAACCUGCAUCUGCAUGCCCUAAACCAGUCGUUAAGCCAGUCUGUCAACCGUCUUCCUGCAUUGCCGCCCACGCGUCUGUGCGCCCCCGAUGCAGGUCCACCCCUGCAGCAGCCAGCUAUCAUGCGGUCCCGCCCCUGCCAUGCCACAGCCGA